AUGGGUCGUCGAGGGUGGGUCUCCUCCAGCGUGCUAUAUUUCCUGAUAGUAGCCUUCAUGGUUUCUUGUUAUGGUUAACUCUUGUGCGUAUAUUAGCGUCAGAGCCUGUUUGAAAUUCUCGGAUGUCCUUUUCAAAAAAAUCUUACUGGCAAACAGCUGUUUGCCCUUUGACACUGGUAACGCCACACUCGUCCAAGGCCAGCCCCAAUGAUUGGUCUGCGGCUAGUUCAAUGUCAACCGUUCUCUCAGGCAUAACUCGUCCAACAGUUCCUCUUUGCAAUUAGCGUCCUACGCAAGACAGAGAUUUACGGACCUCAGUUGAACCAGCAACACUGUCCCGCCUGUAAAUCCUAGGAGUCACCGUCAACGUCUGUCGUCCUAUUCACUGUUACUAAAACCUUGCGUAAGAGUGAAUGCUGGUAACUAUGGGCAUCCAUAUAUGGGAGAGACACGGGACGCUCUUCAAAUAGACUCUCCCACUGCUCACUCAUCGACGUCGAUGUGUCCACCGAAGAGGAAAUAGGGGUGUCUGAUGACUCUGAGCCUGUGGAUGAAACUCUCGGCGAAGAUGAUGACUUUGGCGGGUACUUCUCCCUCAUUAUCUCAGCAAUUGCACGGAUACGGCUUCUAAACUCUCUAUCGACACGCCUACGAUAAGUUCUCCGACAAAUUGGUCUGAACAUAAGGAAAAGAAAACGGAUAAACUCAAUAUUAUCGGUUAAUAGAGAAGGUAAAGCUCAGGACAGCUAUGCGUGCGCUCAGCAGCAUGGCAAGGCAGGAAGUGACGCCCAUGGGCGCCUGCACGGGCGACCACGCCAAACAAGCACGCCGUGCUAUCGAUAAAAACCGAUACCAAUAUCAGCGUGCGCUCACUCAUGCGCGCCCCUGGGAAAAAUGCCGAUACGGCUGCAGUCAACCAAUCAGAGGCCAGUUGCGAGCGAGAUGCGAGCAGCGAGUCUCGAUUCGCAAGUCAUUGCUAUUAGGGUAAGAGAUCAGUUCUUCCUACCUUUCGACUGUCGCGAGCGAUUUGAGGCUAUCAGGCUUGUAGUUUGCUUUUCUACAUUACCGACAGAACAAAGCAAUAGUAAAUAAAACCUCGUGUCCAACCUGUGUUCGCCACGUGCUUUCUUGAAAGCGGUUAAUUAUCCCACCUACUUCGGUUCUUUUUAUGGCCGACAGAACGAUCCCGUGAGGUGUGGAUCUGUUCAAAAUUCUGACGUUCGUGUCCUGUUGUCUCUCUGUAUCUCAUGUCUCGUCAUUCGGUCCAGCAGACAAGAUCGGACGUAUGGAAUUUCAGCGAAUGAACUAUGUUCUAUAACUUAAAUGUUACCUGCACCACUUUGUGAGCUGCAGAAGCCUGGUUUGUUUAACGACGACCUCGGAAAAGCACUCUGGAGCUGACAGACAAUUCCUUAGACUUGGGACUUUACCGCUUACUGGGGGUGUCACUUCCAGGUGUCUUUAAGAAACCUACAACUAAGAUAUUUCGAUGAGUUGUACUUUAUACGCUCGCAUUUCUGCCUAGCCUAACUGACUCCGCAUAGCACCUUUUCAGGUCUGUCGUACUCCAUUCUCCGCCUAUGAAGGCCAAGUAUUGGAGACCGAAAAACCAUUGCUAUACCCUGGGAAGCCUUGUCGAGCUCUUGCUAGCCUCCUUUUCCCCUGCUGGCAUCAUCGACUGACUUUCACCACGUCCCAAUUAAGACCGCGUGACCAAGCCUGUGCAUAGUCGCAAACCAUGUGGGACGACCACCUACAUGUGGUGUACGCUAUGUGCUGGUUUCCUCCACUUUCAUUGCUAACGGUUGGAAACCACCCCUUCGAAGUGUUUGCUUAUGGGACUGUAGUUGCUUUGCGUAUCUCUCGGCAUUUGGACGUCAGACUAUCCAGCGUUUCUUUUUUGCCGAGAUCUGCUGUCGAUACACCCCCUUGGAUUUAGUGAUGUCUGCCAGGGUUGCAUCAACUAGCGAUGGCAGACCUCCAGAGAUGUAGAGUACGAUCAGGUCUGCCUUUAUAAUUUACCCGUUCCAGUUUCAAGAUCGCUCCUCUAAUCCAAUUUAUCUUUAAUACAUUGAUUGUAAGAGGCUACGAAAGUCUCCCAUCGUCAUUCCAAUCAUCCGCCUGAAGCGUUGUAGCAUAGCCUGAGACUACUACUGCGCAGUCUUGACUCAUCCCUGCAUUCAUGUUACACAGAGAACAGACAUUUUUUCCAGCUCCUUAUUUACUUUGUCAUGGGGUGAGGGCGUCGUAAGGUUCGUCAGGGUUGUAACGAUGACUUUUAUGUAGAUGCUCAGCAGACGUCGGGCCCUAAGACCUAGUCCUUAUUAGGGAUAUAGAGCCCAAUUUCGAUCGAAAGUUGUCUGUGCUGUUGAACUGAAUAAUUCGCAUCGUUUACCGUUUUGCCUACGCCGUUGAGAGCGGUAUGUCUGCUUCAGGCCCUCAAACUUAAUUCCCAGCUAGGUAAAAAUGCCUUUCUCCUCGUUUCCAGCGAGUUGCUGCCCACUGAACGCAAUACCCUCCCCCCAUUAUCGUGUAGUCCUAUUUCAUACUUGAUUGCAUUCACCGCUCAUUGGCAGAGGAUAUUUCUGACUGUGUUUUAGGUCACCCAGUCGUCCGGCUGCGCGUCCUAUGCCGAUGCGGUCUCCACCGCCUCCGCCGCCGCCUCAGCCUGCUCCAAUGCAGCCACAGCAGCCGAGUCUCUUUAAGCAGAUGGCUGCUACAGCAGGAGGUGUGGCAGUGGGGUCUGCCGUCGGUCACGCUGUGGGACAUGCUCUAACCGGCAGCAGCGGUUCACAGCCAGAAACCGUUUAUGCCCAGCAGCCAGCUGCCAACCCAGCACAAAAUCCCUGCCAGUAUCAAAUCGAUGAGCUCGUUCGCUGUUCGGUGAACCAGUCGGAUAUCAACCUCUGUAGUGGAUUUGCUGAGGCACUCAAAGAGUGCAGGAGAAGCUACAACAUCUAUUAG